AUGUCAAUAGCCUUCCCCCUUGCCAUCCUCCAUCUGACAAUGGGUCGUCGUGCCCCGAAGCAUACCACCGUUGAAUACGUCGACCUGCCACCACCCAAAAAGGAAGCUGAGAAAACUGUGCUGCUCGUCACCAAGAUGUUUGUGGAUGAGGAGGGAUACAUAUUCUACAGCUAUCAACAAUUGAUGAAAGCGGUCGUUGAUGGUGAGUAG